AUGCCGAACGGGCUGUAUGCGCUGCCGGGUUCGUCAGCGGAAGUGAACUUUCAGUGUCAGUACGGACCGCAGCUCACUUUCUUGAUGAAGAAUACACAGACGGUGCAACCAUCAGAGGUCAAGACGGCGGCUGCUGGCUAUAAGACUAUACGGGUACCUGCUUCUACACUUCAAUGCUGGACUCUACUGAUCAAGCCAAAGUUUGUCAAUGAAGAUCCUGAAGGGAAGAGUGACGGCUCUGGCGAAAGCAGACAUGGCCAAGGCAAGCCAACGUCGAGUUGCCACUUUGGUCCUCCGAUGAACCUUCUUAGCCGGGUUAUUGGCUCUGGGAACAAGCACCGCCAACAGGCCGGGCCCGGACUUGGGCUUUUCGAUUUUGGUGUCUCACCAAUGUCCACACAGGUGCCAAAAGGCCAGGCGAUGACUGGCUCGGAGUUUUCGGACUCCACGACGGCCAUCUCUUCAUCCGGGCGAUCUCAAUCAUCACAUAAGAGCCAUGAAGUUUCACCCAGCGAGACACUCGAACUUCUUCGUCACUUUCGCUACGAAAUCGCCCCGUGGUUGGACAUUUGUGACCUUGGUCAGCUCUUUGGAAUUCAGGGGCUGCAGGUGGCAAUGGCAUCGCAGUCAAUCUGGAUAUCUGUCCUGGCCUUGUCCGAAGCGUCGAUGAAGCUGCAACGUUCUGACCCAUCGAUUAUGGGUAAUGACAAGGGAUGA